CGCACGUUCCGAUUUCCAAAGUCAAGUAAGCUUCCUUUUUCAAACUCAAAUGCCGUUACUACCAAUGAUCUGGGUUUAGAUCUGAAAAAAAUAAGAGAAACGUCGGACACAUUUUACAAGCCUGUUAAUCAGAGCUUUACCGAACUGGAGAAAACCGGGAUAUAAAUCGGCUGCAUGGCUUUGUUGCUCGCGGUGCCAAAUAGACAAGUGCUAAAUUGGUCACUAGGUUAGCUCGCCCAGAAUUAUCUUGAUGAAAAGGCCGCCGUGUAAAAGCGGAUGCGGUAUUCUAAAGCAGAUUUGCUUUACCCCCACAUGUUACCGAGUGCACUUUUAAACGUUUUGAACCACGGCGAAGAGACGAGUGCUGGUGGACGGAUACAAGAAGUCAAGGUAUAUGUCUUAUGCUAUUUCACAAGCGCCAUAUCCGUCUUCACAGAUGGCAAGCCUAGUACAAUUUCCAUCACAUACGGCGAACCGACAUUGCUAACGAAGCUUAGGAUCUAAUAGACAUUUUGCAACACAACUCUUAUGUUAUGUGUUUAACAAACGCUUAACGGAAUUAUUUUGUGUAUUAAAUAC